AUACCUUCCUAUUUCGAUGUGUGGAGUCGAAGAGGGCGCCACAUGACUUACUGUCACAACACACAGUCACAGCCGGAGACUAGAGGACAACUUCUAGAAAUGGCUCAAGAUGGCCAGGGUGAGAGGUCGCGACUAACAGAAGCCAGUGACGAAGAGGAGGUGACGAUGAAGCAGGCCUCGCCGCCUGUUAUUGAGAUCCAUGACUCCAUGACUGAAUGUGAGGAAGAGCCGGGGCCCGGUCCAGUGCCGAUGGAGGAGAAGGCUUUUGUGUCAAGUCUGCACGCUUUCAUGAAGGGCAAAGGUUCACCCAUAGAAAGGAUCCCACACUUGGGCUUCAAGCAGAUUAAUCUUUGGAGGAUCUACAAAGCUGUUGAGAAACGUGGGGGCUACGAUGUAGUGACGGCACAGCGUCUCUGGAAGAAAGUGUAUGAUGAGCUGGGAGGGAGUCCAGGGAGCACCAGUGCUGCCACGUGCACUCGCAGACACUAUGAGAGGCUCGUGCUGCCCUUUGAGAGACACAUAAAAGGAGAGGAAGACAAACCCCUGCCACCGGGCAAACCGCGGAAACCGUACAAAAGAAACUUGGAUUGCAAAGUCAAAAAAGCUGAGGUGAAGAGGAAAAGGACUCCGGUGGAUAGAGAGAUGGAUUCCGAGAGGAGUCCAGAGGCUGCCUGCCAAAGCGAAGUGGUGAUGCAUCCUCGCCCUGCUCUCUGGGCCGCUGCGUCGGACAGACAAUAUCCAGACUGCUCUCAGCCAAUCAGAGCCUCCACCGAUCUUUGCACUUCCGUCUAUGCUCUUCUCCCGGUCCCCACAUCGAGCCCUUGGACUGCUCACAUCCCAUCUGCUGCUGCCGGAGAGGUCAUCUCUCCUUUGGAGAAAAAAAAGCGAAUGGCUCAGGCCAGCCUGAACUUGGCCCUUACUCCACGGAGCGAGGAUAGAGAAAGGCCCUCGGUCAUCUGCUGCUCCCAGUCCCCAAGCCGGGCUUCUUCCAGCCAGAACUGCAGCUCCUCUGAUGGCUCCCCGCUCCCUUUUUCCUCCCCCUCCUCUUCCCGCAGCCCGUCCCCUCUCUCUGUUUCAUCAGAGGACGAUCCGGCAGAGAAUGAAGACAAACCUGCAUCAAACUCAGAACUGAGCCCAAACUGUUCAACAAGCUCUUUUAAAAAUGCAUCCAGCUGUAAUGAGGACAAUAAGUCAUUGAGCUGUACCCAGGUGUCAAAAGACUUUGCAGGCCCAAAUAAAGACAUAUCUCUGGUCAGCUCCCGAUCCCUCACUGCUGACUCAAUGAAAUGUUAUAUUAAAGACCCCGCCUGGGAACCAGUCCAAUAUUUCACCCCUCCUCCUUUCCAGUCAACGUCUACCUCGAGUUUCACCAAAGUUAUUCCAAAAUCCGUGCAGCUCCUGCGGCCUGCUCCUAUUCGGCCAAUUUAUAAAAUCCACCAGAACAGGUUGGUGUACCAGGAUGACCCUCUGACUCGUGCAAAGAAGCUCAACAACAACAACAACAACAACAACAACAACAACAACAAUCGCGUUUCUCCAUGGCUCUAUCAGACAGAGAAGAGGGAGAAAUCCAGGACAAUGCAACAAAAAGCCCCCCCAGCGCAGCAGAGUCUGUCCCAUCCCUCCACCGCCAUGCCGGUGCUGUGCGUCCUAUCAGGUUACGACAAAUCAGGGAGAGACUCUCGGCACAUGCCUCCCAUGCACCCUGUGUUUCUCCCCAACAGAAUGAGACUACCACAAUCCCAGCUGAUGUACCGUCAUAUACCAGUGGGUCCAGCUCACUCUGCUCUCAUUGGGUCUUCUGUCUAUCCAUAUCCCUACUCCAUCCCUCUGUUAAACCCCCAAGCUGGAUAUACCCUACCUGCCAUGAAUCCCAUUUGUCCUCACAAGCUGUGAUUUUUGUUGUAGUCCAACCCCAGACUUUAAUAACUGUUACUUAUCAAGAUAAAAAUAAUAGUAAUUAUAAUGAUAAUAUAAUUAUUAUAAUAAUGAUAAUAAUUAUAAUCACAGUUCAUAUGUACACUGAAAAUGAAGCCAUUGAGCUUUUCUGACGAGGCCUUACUUUUGUAAUGAAUAUGCAACACACACAUAUUCAGAUUUUGUUGGUUACUGUAAUUAACUGGCUGUCACCCUGGGACACAACUAGACUGAAAGCAAAUUAAGUCAGAGGAGUGAUGUUGAGGGAUUUAUGAUCACAUCCAUGUUCACAGUGUAACCGGUUGAAUGAUUCGAGUGCAUUGAACUGGUCCUUUUUUUUCAACUGUCACAGCAGUACUGUGAAAGACAUUACUCAGAAAAAAAGUAUGUGCCAUUUCUUUCUUUCACGGUGUCACACAUUUUGCUACACUAGCGUAUCACGUAAGUGUCACUUUACACAUUUACACGUAUGGAAAAAAUACAAAAACAAACUUUAAUCAAUAUGAAUAUGACAAAUUCACAGUAGAUUUCCGAAACACAUUAGGUUCAGUCAAAGAUAAAGAUAUGAAAUUCAGGUUUUAUUUUCCUGCACAUUAGUCUUCACUCACACUAUUUCAAUACCUUGUUAGUUGAAAACUUUCUGUAUUGUUCCUCAUUGUACUGUAUUGUUUAAGUCUGCUGAACAUGAUACUGCAUCAGCAAAUCAGUGUUAGAAUUUUUUUUUAAAUGUUACAUGCAGAUCUCACUGUCGUUUAAAUGUAUUUAAAUAGAAAGCUAGUAGUUGACCAUGGAUUAAUAAAAACAAACCUGAAACCUUGGGUCAUUUAUUCA